AUGGAGCCGCCCCCGCCACCGCCGCCGCCUCAUGGCGAACAGCCUCGCUCGUCACAACCCGGCAGUGGCCUUCCCCCCGGCAACUACGAUAUCUUCGUAAUACCACCACAUGCAUCCGGAGGAGGCUUCCUAUACUUGCCUUCAUUGCAGCCACACAUGAACAGCUUCAUCGCCGGAUGCGCUUGCACCUUUGUGGUAAUUUACAUCUACAACAUCUCGACGCCGCUGCUGCGCGAGUUGUAUGGGCUAGCGGUAGGAAACGGAGGGGGAUUGGGAAUGGUGGGUCUCAUGCUCGCUGUGGGUAUUGGAGCGUGGGCUGUUGGCAAGACUCAGGCGGAGAGCAAAUCUGGUGCCAAGUUUGAGGGAGGGGCAGGCGCUGGUCGAGGAGGAGGGCCUGGUGCUGGCGGGCAAUAUCAGCAGCAAGGUCAUUACGCAGGUGGACCCCCGCCGAGUGGAUGGCAAGCCCCUCCACCGCAACCAGGACAGCAUGCGCCGCCGCCACAACCAGGACCACAGCCAUCACCACAGUCACAUUCACACGCACCGCCGCCGCAACCACAGUCACACUCUGCACCGCCGCCUCAACCACAGCCGCAACCACAACCGCAACCGCAACCACAAUCAAAGCCUCGUCCGGCGUCACCGAGUGGAUGGGAAAAGGCAAGAGAGGAAACACGCAAGCGCGAGGAGGAGCGGAAACGAGCCGAGGRGCUGAAGAAGAGACGCGAGGAACUUCUAAAAGCACGGGAAGAGGCGGAUCGCCUUGCUAAGAUCAAGGCCGAGCAGGAGAAGUGGGAGCAACAACGAGCAAGAGAGAAGGAAAAGCGGGAGCGAGAAGCGAGAGAGCGCAUUGCUAAGGAACGUCUCGAGCGCGAGAAAGCCAAGUUGGAGGCAGCAAAACAGCUCCGGGAGAAGGAGGCCCGCGAGCGCGAGGCUCGGGAAAAGGCCGCACGGGACAAGGAAGAGUGGGAGAAGAAGCGACAGGCGGAGAAGGCAGAGUGGGAGAAGAAGCGGCAGGCGGAAAAGGACAAGCCUGCCUCACCGGUCAAGCCGCCCAUCACGCCCUCGGCCAAGUAUGAGAGACCCACUGCGAAAUCCGCCGGUGGCACUGAGGACGCACACUCCUACCGCCCAUACGACACACCGCUCAAGAAAGCCUCGACGUACAACACGGCUGCCUCGUCCAUCUCUGGUCUUAGUGAGAGCAGUUACGCACCCAGCCAUAGUACGGCACGCACCACUCCUCCACCUUCUCACAGAGGUCCAUACUCCACGAGUGACCCGCACAAAAUCCAGAUCAAGGCAGUCUAUCUCUUCAGCGACAAGUCUCCACUGCGACCUAUUUCACAGCUUGUCUCUGGUCAGGGUCCAGUGACAGAUGGUCUGAUUUUGAACAUCGAAACCGAGGGACUCUUCAUUGAUGAUGACAUUCGGGAGGUUCCACAGAGGGAGUGGGAUGUCAAGGCCUGGUCGCUGAAGUUGGUGGAGGAGGGUAGCGGGAAGAACGGACUUCACCUCUUCAGGGCGUGCUCGAGAGAUGUGGACAACAAGAAGUACUUCUUCAUUCUGGACCAGUCCGAGGCGUGGAAGGUCACCGCUGGGGUUGCGAGAUUGAGAAAGGGAAGUCAAGUCCGCGCCCUGAGCUUCAACACGAUCAAAGAGAAAGAUGUUCAGCAAGUGUUGAAUCUCGUUGGAUGGAUGUAA